AUGUACGCCCUAGGUUGGCGUUUAGGAGCCGUGGGCUUACCAUCACUAUUAGGAGUGAUUAGUUUACAAUUAAAUGGGUUUAUUGAGAAACUUUACAAUUAUGUGGAACUCGAGGUAAGACUGAAGCUUACGGUUGGUUUGUUGGGAUGUGAUGUCCGUUUGGGUGCUGUGCUGCCGUUGGGGCCGGAGCUGCGCUGCGCUGGCGAUGAGUGUUGUGUCCCAUGGCUUGAGAUGAGAGUAGUUGUGGUUUGGUUGGGAUGUGCUGUCCGAGUCGUCCUUGAGUUGCAGGAGUGGAGGGGUUGGGCGGAGUUGUCCUCUUUGCCGGUGAUGUUUAUGAUACGAUACGACGUUAACACAUGGAAACGAGCACUCAGUUAUUGGAAAGACCGUAAUAUUCCGACACCAAAAGCGGUGCCGAUAUUCGGCAACCUUUUAAGCAAUAUUUUUCUUGCAAAACCGUUUGUGGAGAUGGAUUGGUACCGCGCCCAUGGGCGAUUGUAUGGCGUCUAUAAUGGUAAUAAACCCGGGCUCACAAUCGCCGAACCAGAGCUCGUCAAACAAGUUCUGGUGAAAGACUUUCACAAAUUCCGUAACCGAAUGGAUAACGGAAGUCGACAUAAGAUAUUCUCCAAGAAUAUGUUUAUUGCCAGAGACGACGACUGGAAGCGCAUCCGAGCCAUAGCCAGCCCUACGUUUACGUCCGGCAAAAUGAAGAAAAUGUAUGCACUUAUCAAUGAGUGCUCCAAAGAUUUCAUCAAUAAUUUGGAUAAAUUGGCCGCAAAUAAGAGCGAAGUCGAGUUAAAACAACUGAUGGGAGCGUUUACUAUGGAUGUGAUCGCCAGCACUGCUUUCGCUACCAAAACCAAUACAUAUGCCAAUCCAGACAAUCCAUUUACCACUAAAGCCAAUAACAUCUUUCACUUUCCCCUCUGGAAGGCGUUUGUAAUGACAGCUUUGCCAUCAUUUAUAACAAAGAUUCAGGCGAUUCGCCAACUAAUCAACGGUUCAACAAAUUCGGACUUUUUUGUUGAUUUCUCACGAAAUUUAUUAAACGAAAGGAAGUCUUCAAAUAAAAAACAUAACGAUUUCUUUCAGCUGUUGAUGGAUGUCGAGAGAAGUGAUGGUGACGUCCGGGAGGACAGCGACGCCAACGAAGCGCAUCACGUGAACGAAGGCAAAGACGAGUUGGAAGCGGACGCCGCGGCUCUCAGUAAUGUUAUUGAGAAGAAGUUGACCGAAGAUGAGAUAUUAGCCCAAUGUUUCCUAUUCUUCAUCGCCGGCUACGAGACAACGGCCACCACUUUGUCUUAUUGUACGUACGAAUUGGCUCUCAAUCCCGACCUUCAGGACAGACUCUACGAAGAAUGCAAAGAAGCGUUCAAUGAAAAGGGAGAAAUCAGUUACGAUGUCCUCUCGAGACUGCCAUUCAUUGACGCGCUUCUGUCCGAAACGCUUCGUAAUUAUCCGCCACUUCUUCGGCUCCAGAGGGAAGCGAUGGAAGACAUAGAGUUAGGCGACACCGGCCUUAAGGUGGAGAAAGGAGUGGUCGCCGAGAUUCCCGUCUACGCCAUACAUCACGAUCCCGAUCACUAUCCGGAACCGUUUGUCUUCAGACCCGACAGAUUUAUGCCCGAAAAUCGUGAUAACAUAAAGCCUUACACUUAUAUCCCGUUCGGUUCGGGGCCUCGAAAUUGCAUUGGAAUGCGAUUCGCGUUAUUGGAGGCGAAGUUAGCGCUCGCGAAGAUGUCACAGCAGUUCCGCUUCUCCAGAGUGGCCAACACUGAUGUGCCCGUCAUCUUCAAUAAGGGGCGGUUCCUCUUACAGGCAAAACAACUCAUUGUCGGCGUCGAGAGACGAUAACCUCUUCCAAGAGUGCAUUCAUUUUGCCGUUCAAUUCAUCCGUAAUUUUGAUUUCGUGUCAUAUUUUGUGUUUAUAAUUAAAAUAAUGUCAAAAUAAAAGUGUAUUAUUAUUGAGGUUUCUGUCAAAACAA